CCCGCGGCGGCGGCGGCGGGCCGCGGCCCCGGCGCCCCGCGGCGGCGGCGGAGGAUGGCCGAGGACUCGCCCAAGCGGCGCAAGGCCAACUUCAACGAGGCGGAGACGGAGGUGCUGAUCGAGCAGGUGCUGAAGCACGAGCAGCUGCUGUUCGCGGCGGGGCCGGGCCGCGCCUCGCCGGGCCAGAAGCGCCGGGUGUGGGAGCUGAUCCGCCACAAGGUGAACCCGGUGGCCGCCUGCCCCCGCGACGUGGAGGACCUCAAGAAGCGCUGGCGGGACCUGAAGCGCCGCGACCGCAGCAAGCUGUGCCGCCUCUCGCAGGGCUGCGGGCCGCCGGGCCCCGCCGCCCUCGGCCUCGGCCUCCUGCUGGCGCCCGAGGAGCUGCCGCCCGCCGCCGCGCCGCCCGAGCACCGCCACCUCCCGCGCGGCGGCUGCGGCGCCCUGCUGCCCGCCGAGGCGGUGCCCAUCGUGGGCGGCAUCGACACGCUGGAGCUGCCCGGCGCCGCCGUGGGCGACAUGGGAUUUAACAAUGAUCCUGGCCCAUCUCAUCAAUCCGGUCUUGAGAAGAUGAACUUAAAAGAAGAAAUAGUAGUGAAAGUGGUAGAGCCAGAAGAAAGCUCUGAGGACAUGGCGGUGGUUCCACCUAGCCAGGAACAACUGCCUUUUCUUGGGACAAUGGGUGGUGGUUCCUCUGGGAAAGUAAAAGCCAAAACAAAAGGCAGGUCCCAGGCAGACCAAAAUGAAAUUACUGAAGAGGACCUAGUGCAGAUUCAGCAGACCCAGAUGCAGGUGAUCCAGUCUGGCUUUGACAGUGUCAACCACAAUCUUCGGCUACUGCAGCAAGGCAUGCAAGAUCUCAGCAACAGCCUCAGCAUCAUGGCACAUACACUUGUUGCUAUCAAAAAUGUCUAUGUGAAAAACAACACUGGCCCAACCACGUACGCCACCACCUCAACUCAGACCACGGCUGGGUACCUGAGCCCGGGUUCUCCCCACGUCUCCCCGGCCGAGGACAGGGGGAGAGUGCAGGUGGCUGGAGGCAGCAGCAGAAGCAGCAGCUGCAGUUCCAGUUCCAUGUCGCAGGAACCGGGUCCUUCAGAGUUUCCUAGACCUCCCCUGAGAACCAUAAAGAAAGAACAUCCAAAUGGCUGCUACUACUUCUGCUUUGCAGAUGUGUAAAAACUUGAAUAUAUGUAAAGUGACUGUGGUGUUAGGUGCUGUUGUAUGUUCUGCUCCGGCCUGUGACUUUGAAGGAGCAAAGUGGACUAGCCUCCCGCAUUUUUCCCAGUGGGAAACAUUUCACUAUAGGUGGCAUUAAACACUAAUUACCAGUCUCCUGUUUGUUAACUCUGUUGCAGUUGGCUAAUGUUUUUCUUCUCUUCUCUUUACCCUCUUACUCUCUUUUAAAAAAAAAAAAAUCAGAUUUUAUUUUGACUAAGACUCUUGUCUGUAUCAUCCUUUGUUUAAUGUGACCUUUUGAAAAAUAAAAGGCAUGAGAGUGGGGUGAAAAAGUAA